UUUGAGGUUGGGACUUAAAAAAUAUAAUCUUUUGCUCUUCUGUGAACCAUCGUAAACAAGUCGUUAUUUGAGAAACUCUUUUGGACCUUUGAUUGGCGUCCAGUUUUUUAAUCUGCCACCCUCUUUAAAUAUUAUGCCUUAUGACUUCUGUAUGGUGCUGACUUUAGUUGGUGUUUGUAGAUUAUACGAUAUUAAUGUAGGGAACAGUAAAAAUAGUUUCAAUCUAUGAUUCAGAUCACAUGGUUAGUGUCAUAUGACAUUGAUGAGCCCUCGAAAGAAGGAAUGAGAGCAGAAAUCUUCCACAGUUACUAAAUAAUACACUCUUUUACUAAUGCUGUCGUGUACCGUGAUGAAUUCAGAAGGAUAAACAGAUGUGAGACUCCUGAGGUAAAUCAUGGAGAGUUUGGGAGUUUUGUUCGUUCUCGCUUGUGUUUUGGGAGUGGUGAUGAGUCAGACAACACUCAGUCCUGCUGUGACGAUCACCACAGCCAGUGUAAACCUGACCACUGCUGCUCCCAGCUGCUCCAGCCUCAACACCUCCACUUGCGCUGCCUGCGCUCCUGGCUCUUGUUAUGAUAAUGAAACUCUGUUGUGCUCCUGCUGUCCCGAGGCAGGCCUGUGUGUGUUACCUGGAGCCUGUCUUCUGUGUGUCCAGGGUUUCUAUCAGCCUCUAGCAGGACAGCAGAGCUGUCUGCCCUGUUUAUCUGGGUUUUACAGCAAUUCCACUGGAAGCCCCAUCUGCCAGCCGUGUCCUUCUGGGUCCUACAGCAACAACACAGGCUCUGCCUCCUGUGCAGCCUGUGCACCUGGUUUCUACACAUCUUUGCAAAAUUCAACAUCAUGUAACCCAUGUCCACAAGGCACAUACUGCAAUUCCUCCAGCUGUACUCAGUGUCGGGUCUGUCCCGCAGGCUCAGAGGCUCUAGGGGCCGCUUCCAAAGAAUGUACACCUUGUCGUCCAGGAAUGCACAAGCCUGCCCAUCAAACCAUGUGUCAGAUUUGCAGCAGUGGUUUCUAUCAGAUCCACUGGGGCCAAGAGAACUGUGACCUUUGUCCUGAAAACCACUACUGCCCUAGUCCUGAUGUAAAUCCGAUCCUGUGUCCCACUGAUGCAUUCUGUCCUGAGGGCAGCACGGCCCCAGGUUACUGCAUGGAGACCUUCUUCAGAAAGGCAGGGGAGACGUGUGAACUUUCUCCUGUUACCAUUGCACUGCUUGUCAUUGGAGGAGGAGUGGGUCUUCUCUUCAUCAUCAUUUUGGUUCUGCGGAGGAGAAGAGAUAAUGACAGUGAGCUUUCCCUUGCCCGGACCCCCCUCCUGCGAAAAGACCGCCCACCUGCUCGCUUCUAUGGGAUCCCUCGUGAUGCUGAGCCUGUUUAUGCAGGCUGGUGACAUUACCAUGUACACACCUCACAAAUUUAGUCUGAAAGUUUCUAUUUAGAACUUUGAACUGUUCUAAGCUUUAUAUCGGUAAGAUACUAUUAAAUAUUUAAUGAAUGAAGAGCACUUUUCUGCAAUCCAUUUUUAAAAGCUGUUUACUACUGACUGUAUUGUGAAGUUUCAUCUCUUUUGAUUCUGACUGCUUUUCAAGUUUGUAAAGUAUGAGAAACCAUUCAGUAUUUUGGGGGGUGUUUUCUUUUGUAUCGAUAUGGUAAGCCAUUGCACUGAAAGAAUUUUGGACUAAAUUGCUGUUUAUUAUUAUUAUUAUUAUUAUUAUUAUUUUGGUACCACAAUGUUUGUCUACCUAAGGUCCUGAAGGUAUAUUGUGUCAUAUAAAUAAGCAGUAUUUCUUGUAUUUAACGUGAUGUGUCUCAUAUUAAUUUUAAAACCGAAUAUUUUGGACAAUUUCCAAGUUGAUAAACUGGAAUAAACAGCUUUUCACAACUUUGAUAUAAAA